AUGGAGUACAAAGUUAAAGUUUCUAAUAAGUUUCACUUCUGUUCCGACGAUGAAGAUGUUGCUGAUCCAUCUGAGCUUCUAGCUCGUGCCAUUGCCAACAAAAAAAAGAAAAAGGAAGAAGAUGCAUUAAAAAAAAAGGUUGCCGAACAAAAAGCUAAAGAAACUCCUGUUACUGAUGUAGUCAAACAACCUACUGAACAACGUAAGCCAGUUCGUGAAGGUGAAAAGAAAAAACAAUCACCUCGUGGUCGUGGAGGUUUCCGUGGUGAACGCCGUCCAAAAGAAGAAGGACGUCCAAAAGAAGAAGGUCGUUCAAAAGAAGAAGUUCGCCCAAAACGUACUGAAGAAAAAGGAUCACUUAAUGUUGAGGAAGGUGUUGAUGAUGACUUUGAAAUUAGUCGCCGUCCACCACGUAAUGCAGGAAAAAAACCUAACUUUAAAAAGGAUAACAAUGAACGUAAGCCACGCGCUUCUGGUUCAACCAAAACAGGAGUUCGCUCAAUGCCAAAAAGAGAUGGAUUUGGAAAAGGAAACUGGGGAACUCAAAAGGAUGAAUUGACUGGUGAAACUGAACCACUCAAUCAAACAGCUGUUGAUGAAAGCGAAAAUGUUGCUCCAGGAAUUAAGAACAACAAUACUGCUGAAGUUCCAGAAGAAGAGAAAACAUUAACAUUAGAAGAAUACAAAGCUCAACUUGCUGCUGCCAAAAAGGAUGAAACUCCUUUCAAUAUUAGACAAAUAUCUGAGCAAGAAUUUAAGAAACUUAAUUUGAUUCCAAUUCCUAAAAAAAAGGUUGAACAAGUUACUGAAGAAGUUGAAAUUAUCCGUCGUGAACCACGUAAACAAGUUAUCAACUUAGAUUUGAAGUUUGUCGACACUAACAAAAAAUCACGUCGUGAACCUGUUAAUCGUCGUGGUAACAACCAUCGUCGUGGAAAGCAAUCUCAAGGCUUUGUUUACAAAGAAAAUGCAUUCCCUGCACUUGGAUCUGCUUAA